AUGGAUAGAACUCAGACGUUUAUUAAAGAAUGCCUUUUCACGAAAUGCCUGGAGGAUCCUGAAAAACCCUUUAAUGAAAAGAGAUUUCAAGAUACGUUGUUGUUGCUACCAACCGAUGGCGGAUUGACUUCUAAGCUUCAGAGACAACAAAGGAAAUCGAAGCUAAACCUUGACAAUUUGCAAAAGGCUUCUCAGUCAGAAAGCGUAGACAAGCAGCUGGAAAAAAAAAAUUACCGAAGAAUCAACAAGAACUCUAAAAUCGCAUUAAGAGAAUACAUCAACACUUGUAAAAAAAGUACGGAAAAAUGUCUGAAAUUAGCACACGAAAAUAAGAUCGCUAAUAAGGAAGAUCUUCUACACUACAUAGAAGAGAAGCACCCAACAAUAUAUGAAUCGUUACCACAAUACGAUAGUUUCGUACCGAUGUAUAAGGAACUAUGGGUUAACUAUAUUAGAGAACUUUUGAAUAUUACAAAGAACUUAAAAACGUUCAAUGGGUCAUCAGCAUUAUUAAAAUUAUCUAUGGCAGACUAUAAUGGUGCACUGUUACGUGUCACAAAGAGCAAAAAUAAGACUCUAAUAGGCCUUCAAGGCAUUGUGGUCUGGGACUCUCAAAAAUUUUUCAUAAUGAUUAUCAAGGGCAAUCUGAUAGACCAAAUAAAGUGCAUACCAAAAAAGGGCACGGUAUUUCAAUUUGAAAUCUCAAUAUCGGAUGACGAUGAUUCGGCAUUGAGGUAUAGUAUUCUUGGCGAUAGAUUCAAAUACAGAAGUGUUGAUCGUGCGGGUAGGAAGUUCAAAAGUCGUCGCUGCGAUGAUAUGCUAUAUUAUAUACAGAAUUAG